GAAAGAUGAUGGGGAAGAGACGGAAAAGCCAAACACAUGAAUGAAGACUUACAAACGGAAGAGAAUUUGGAAAGCGAAGCAGAAUGCACUUGAGAGGAAGGUGAGAAGCUUGUCUAGAAUGCUGUGUAUGAUAUAAUUUCAUCAACACCCAAGAGUAUGCUAUGGCUUGUUUAUCUCCUGGACCUGUUGAGCUUGUGUAUGAGCAGGAACAAGUGAUGGAUGAUGUGUUUGAGCAACAACCUUCUGCAAUGCACCCAAAGAAGGCACAUACAAGCCAUGGUGGAAGAAAUGAUGUUAAGCGUUCACAAAGUAUCUCACGUGAAAGUGGCGUUUUAUGGACUAAUGUUUGUGGCUUUUUGUAGUUCCAUUUGCUAGGUAAGAGGGUUGGUGAUAAAUCAUGGCCCCAUGAAAGAUACCUAGGAUGACUUGAUUGGACACAUUUGGAGAAGGUAAUAAACUUUUAUAAUUUCAAUACCCAUAUAUUUCAUAUUUAAGAAUGCUAAUGUUUUUAUGUGUAUAAAUAGGUGUGUUUUAU